AAUGACUUGCAAAAGCUUUGACUCAAGGACAGAUUUAGGGUUAUUACCUGUUAUUGAAGUCUUUGGUCUCUGUCUUUCAUGGCAGCCCGGCUCCCAAGCUCGUAUUCAACAGGAUAAAUGGCAAAAGACCACCGCUGAUGCCCUUCCCCAUGUCAACCACAGAAGAAAGCUACACUGCGGCUCAUGAGGAAAACGUUCGGUUUGUGCACGAAGCAUGGCAACAAGUAGAACAACAACUGAAUGACAGUCAACCAGGAGACAAGAAGUCUGGCCCGGUAUCAUACGUAGAGAAAUCACUUUGCCCAGAACUAAAAAACUUUGUGCCUAUAGACCUGGACGACUGGUGGGCCCAGCAGUUCUUGGCCGGACUUGAGAAUGGGUCUUAGUGAGUGGCGGGGUUUCGAAGAUUCAAAUAGCAAAAUAAACGAAUGUAACUCUAAAUGCACAUCUGUCGAAGCAAGAAGAGAGAGAGAGAGAGAAAUGGACCACAGCUGUCCUGUCCUUGUCCUCAUUUGUCUGGGGAGCGGAAGAACCACCCGAUUCGUGCUCCUUUUUUUGAAGCACGAGGAUUCGCACAAGGACAAUUCCUAGGUACUGCUGUGUUGUUCCCGCGGCAGCCAAUUUGGGGAGGGUCUGGUGGCCUUCUCCUGCUUGGAGAUGGUGCCCUCCCUCUACACCAGCGCUGACCUGUAAGGCCGAGACGGCGGAUCACAAUAAACGCACUGAUGGCCCUGUCCGUGGAA